AUGUCGCCUCCAUUCCCCCAAUUAUCCCCAGACCAGCAGUCACUGCUCACGGAGAGGCUCUUGCACUGGAGUUUGGCCAAUGGGUUGACAAUGUACCCGCCGCAGUUCAAGACAUUCUCACCGGUGGCCGCGCCCAUGACGCUUUUUCCGACACCGUUUCCCCGCGAGGCCUUCCUGAGUGCAUUAGCAGUCCAGGAAACGUUCAACCAGUUGUAUAUUAACGUCGUGACCAACACGCCCUGGUUAACGACGAUCUUAGAGAGCUUGUCUGAGUUCGACCCCGACUUUACAGGGAAAUUGUUUUCCACCUACAAAGCGGCCGUUCAGAUCGGAAUCCCGCAGCCGGUAUCAAUGGGUUUGUUUAGAUCCGAUUACAUGGUCCAUGGCGCUGAAAUCAAGCAGAUUGAGUUCAACACGGUGAGUGUGUCCUUCGGGGGGCUUUCCUCCAAGAUUGCCGAAGCGCACUCUUAUUUGAACAACACGGGCGCCUACACCGCCGAUGGCAAGAAGUACUACGACCCCAAAGCUUUGCCAGCUUCUGAGUCCAUUGAAAAGUUGGCGAGUGGCUUAGCAGAUGGACAUGCUGCUUAUAACGAAUCGCAAGACACCUCUACCGUGGUUUUGGUGGUGGUUCAGCCGGGCGAGAGAAAUGUUUUCGACCAGAGACACAUUGAGUACUCGUUGUUGAAGCGCGGGAUCAAGUCCGUGAGAAUGACCUUGGGCGAAAUCACCACCAAAACCACCGUUGACGCCGCCAGAAAGCUCUAUGUCAAUGCCAGUGGUGAAGAGGUGUCUGUGGUUUACUUCAGAUCCGGUUAUGCUCCUGCCGAUUACGUGAACGAAUCGACCUGGGAGGCUAGAUUGCAUUUGGAAACGUCUCUUGCGGUCAAGUGUCCCUCGUUGUUGACUCAGCUCUCGGGUUCCAAGAAAAUUCAGCAGAUCUUGACCACUCGCGAACAAAUCGUCCAGUUCUUACCAGACGCCCCGGAGGCUCAGCUCGCGCAAUUGUUGUCCACCUUUGUGGAUAUCUAUCCAUUGGACGACACCCCACGCGGACAGCUCGCGAAAAAGCUCGCAUUUGAGCAAUCAGAGCACUUUGUAUUGAAGCCACAGAGAGAGGGCGGAGGAAACAACAUUUACAAGGAAAAUAUCCCUGGCUUCCUCCGCUCCUUGGACGAGAAGGAGUGGGCCGGGUACAUUUUGAUGGCGUUGAUCUCACCGCCAAGAUACGACAACAAGAUUGUACGGUCUGACGAGACGUUCAGCGAGCCGAUCAUUUCCGAGUUGGGCGUUUUCGGUACCGCUGUUUUCAACGAGCAGACUGGUGAGAUUUUAACCAACAAGACGGCCGGCUGGUUGCUUAGAUCGAAGUUUGAGUCGAGCAAUGAGGGUGGUGUUGCUGCCGGGUUCGGCUGUGUAGACAGUGUGGUGUUGUACUAG